AUGGUAGAAGACUCAAGUUUGAACUCCAACAAAUCUACAAAGGCUAAAACAACACGUCCCAAGGCCUUAAACUUGUGGACAGAAGCUGAUGUACAAAAGUGGUUGCGACGACAUUGCAGCGAUUAUUAUAAUAUGUACUGGGAGAGGUUUCAUGAGCAUGACAUAACAGGUAGGACUUUAGUCCGUAUAAAUGACAAUACGCUGCUCCGAAUGGGAAUAAUGAAUAAAGAACACAGAGAGGCAAUUUGGCGAGAGAUACUGAAAUUAAGGUUGAAGGCUGACAUAGUAGAAAUUAGAGAUUUAGAACGAAGACACAACUAUUUCAACUAUGAUUUGUGA